GGUUGAAUUUGUGGUAUACAUCAACACUUGUUCAUAAAUUAUAUAUGCAAGUGCAUUUCGUACCAUCCUCCUGCACCUACCGAGACGUUAGUGGAGGUGGUGGUGGGUUUUUCGUGGAAGGGCGUCAUCCAAAAUGAGCAAUUUUGAAUAACGACAUAGAUUUGCCGUCCAGUUUCGGCGAGCAACGGUAGUGUCUGAAAAGAGGAAGAAAUUUGUGCUACUUGAUAUUUUUGCCAAUUCAGUCGAGCGUGUAAUGUGCACUUGUAAGGUUGUUGGAUAACUUCAAUUCUGUGGCAUUGGUUCCAUAGACAAAAUGAAUAAAUUGCAUAUAAGACUGAUCAUUGGAGUGGCAUUACUAGCCACGCUUAUUCAAGCUACCCCCGCCGAGCAGUUCAAGCGAUCGAAGCGAACCAAACGAAGUAUAUUGCAGGCGCUGUUUGGUUCUACUACUUCCACUACUGAGCCACCAACUACAACUCCGGAUCGGGAUGUGGUGAUGGAAUCUUUAGAAAACGGCGAGCCCGUAUAUCUAAUGAAGCCGAAGCAGGAUUCUGACGGGCCUCCUGCAUUCGUGCCAAUGAUGCCACUACGAUACUUUGCAUCGCCUUCGGGACUACAUUUCAUUGCAGUUGAACCCAUCAAUUUCAACGAUGAAAACGAAUAUGUCCAACAAGAAGGAGCGGAGCAACAAUGGCAACCUAAUUAUCUACCUGUUCCUGUGAAAAAUCUACCGAAAGGAGUUCACAAAAAGCUUCCCUCGCAAUUGCAAGGACUGACAAGUUCUGAGAUCCGCGAGUUGAGUUCCCUGGCGAAAAAGAUUGGAGUUAGAAACCUGGACGAUUUACCACCAUUGGAAGAGGUAAUGUCAUUGUUGGGCACGACUACGAAACAUGAGACAAUAGAGGCCAUUCGAGAUUAUGCAUCAACUCCAACUGGGCUGGAUUUGAUCAAAGACUAUAUCCUAAGUUAUCAGCCUGUUAAGCGAAUGGACAUCAUAGGAUCCGACGGAAAUGCGGAAGAUGAAAAGAUUCCUAUUGAAAUGCUUGAUGCUUAUGCAGCCCGUGGUGAAGUCAUGUAUGUUAAUCAUCCUGUUCCAAUAGUUGGAUAUACCGUUCCCAAUGCUUUGAAUCCCAACCAAUUACAAGAACCAAAUCCAACUACAGAGGAAACGCCAAGCCCAGGAUUUUUCUCACGAAUUCGUUCAUUUUUCUCUUUUGGAUCGAAUUCCGAAUUACCCGAAGAAGAGCCCAACACAAAUUUAUUGGCCAACAAUCAGUCCGAGUUGAACUUGAUUCCCCACAUCGUAAUUCCCCUACGCCACUGGUCUCCUGCGGUUGACUCUAGCGGUUAUACACUGGAAGACAUGCAGCGCUAUCCAAUAAUUCCCUUUCUACAAGAGCAGAGCCCCUACGUGAUGACGCCUGAGCCGGAUCAAAAUGCCGGUAAUAAUGCACCUUCCAAUGAUGCUAUGGAUCCGGUACUAAAUGAGGCACAUAUCUACCACGAUAAUAUUGAUGUGCUCGACAUCAAAGAUGAUGCACCGAUAGCAAUCCAACCACCUGUAAGAAUUUCUCUACCGGAAGAACAAACCGGGCAGUUUCACAAAGUGGAUAUUGCCAAAGUUGAGUUACCUACUGCUAUCAAAAAACCAGAGCAGAAACAACUAGACGUUAUUACUCCAAAACCUGCGAUAGCACUGAGCACCAUGAAAAAUAUCAUGGUGAAUGAUGCUACGGUACCAAUGACCACAGCAGCACCACCAGUAACAGCAUCAGCAGCAGCAAAGGAGCAACAGCACGAGUUAAAUAAAACUACGGUACCAGAGACCACAGCAGCGCCGCAAGAGCAUUGAAAUAGGCUAAUAGAAAAGCUUUGCUAUUGGUAACAUUUCAGUAUCGUGUAAAACCGAGGGAACUGAAUUUUGUGCCUUCAACCCUAGGAUGAGGCAAAGGUCGACCUCAACCAUUCAUGCAUAUGACGCCUCUAGGGUUUCAUUUGCCUAAAACAUUAGCGGUAGUAAUUUAUUGAUAUUUAAUUAUUAGCUGAUAAAUAAAUCUUGUGAAUAAAAUAAACAUGAGCUAUCGUG